UUAUAAAAACCCUCUCCCAACCCCAACACAUAAUUAAUUCCCCCCAAAUCCACCUCCUUCCAUUUCCCCAGUCCCCUCCCCUUCUUAUUCGUUAUUCCUCAAUCUUCAACUUCCUCCUAACAGUCCACGCCGGUCAAAACCCAUGACCACCUACGGCACGAUCCCGACCUCGUCGUCUCCGCAGGGCCCCUCCGGCGAGUACAUCUCGCGCGCCAAGGAGCGCAUCAAGGCCGGCCUCGGCGCUCGCCGGCCAUGGAAGCUCAUGUUCAACUUCAGAUCCUUCAACUUUCCGUCGCCAUUCCGCGAGGUCUUCGGGCGAAUCCGAUCGAACGUCGCCUACUUCCGGAUGAACUACGCGAUGGUGGUGCUGCUGAUCCUCUUUCUCAGCCUCCUCUGGCACCCGAUCUCGCUAAUCGUCUUCAUCAUCAUGAUGGCCGCCUGGCUCUUCCUCUACUUCCUCCGCGACGAGCCCCUCGUGCUCUUCGGCAAAACGGUGGACGAUCGCGUCGUUUUGAUAGUCUUGGCGGUGGUGACGAUCGUGCUCUUGUUCUUGACCCACGCGACGGUGAAUAUUUUGGUGGCACUGUUGAUUGGGGUUGUGUUGGUGGUUGUGCACGCGGGGUUGAGAAAGACGGAUGAUUUGUUUGUGGAUGAGGAGAACUCUGGCUUGUUGACACCCCCUGCUGCAUCAUCUUCAUCUACUUAAUUCAAUUCUCUGUUUUUUUUUUUGUUUUUUUUUUCCUUCUAUUGGUAGGUUAUUUGACUAGGAGUCAUCUUAGAUGGGAUUCCAUAUGGUUUUCAAUCUGCCACAGCUUCUUAUUUUUGUGGCUGGUCUGGAUAAGUGGUCUUUGGAUAAGCACCAAAACUUUCUUUCCGAACAUGGACGAACAGUUGGCUGGAAUUAGAAGAAUGGAUUGUGGAAAUGUUGCGAGCUUAGACCCUCAGCACUAUGGGUUGUAUUUGUUGUUUUUGUUCUUAAUAUUUAUCUGCAGUCCAUGGGACCCUUUAUGAUGUAUUAAGUUUUAACCUAUGGAGUGGUGUACCAAAGGUUGAUUUGUAUAA